AUGGCGACCUCAGCACCUGAGAAAGAUAUCCGUUUCAGUACAGAUGGAGAAGUCCAACAUGACGAGAGAAGGCGAGGCUCAAUCUAUCAGGUCAUUCCGCCUGGUGAGCGGCGGAUGUCCGCACAGGGUCGUCGUAUCUCGAUAGUUGACGACAUCUUUGGCGAAAUCAAGGAGGGUGGCCCAAAUUAUCGAAAUGUCGGGUGGCUUGGAACUGCCGUGUUGAUGGUCAAAACGCAAAUCGGCUUGGGUGUUCUAUCCAUCCCUUCUGUUCUAGAUACACUAGGAAUGGGGCCGGGAUUGGUCGUAGUAGUCUCAAUAGGUGUCAUCACCACCUGGUCGAACUAUGAGAUCGGUGUCUUCAAGAGAAAUCACCCAUCAGUCUACGGAAUUGACGAUGUGGGAUUCAAGCUUUUUGGUAGGGUCGGGAGAGAAUUCUUCUAUGUUGUCUUCAUUCUGUUUUGGAUCUUCGUUGCUGGAGCUGGUAUGCUGGGAAUUUCAAUCUCUUUCAACGCCCUGUCCACUCACGGAGCUUGUACCGCCAUAUUUGUUGCGGUGGCAGCUGUUAUUGGUUUCGCCCUGGGAAGUAUUCAGACCCUUCACGAAGUAUCGUGGCUGGCUUGGGUCGGCGCAAUCUCCAUCUUGACAUCGAUCCUCACCCUGACAAUUGCUGUGGGCGUUCAAGAUAAACCUGCCGCUGCCCCACCAGGUCCUUUUAAGUCCGACUGGCAUGGAGUCAACAACCCAAGCUUCGAAGCGGCUAUUUCAGCGUGCUCUUCCAUUGUAUUUGCAUGGGCAGGCACACCUGCUUUCUUCCAAAUUGCAUCUGAGAUGCGAGUACCAGAGCAUUACACCAAAUCGCUUCUACUUUGUCAAUCCAUCGUGGCUGUUACCUAUAUUGUGAUUGGUAUUGUCGUAUACUAUUACUGCGGAAGCUUUGUUGCAUCCCCAGCGCUUGGGUCUGCAGGAGUCCUCUUGAAGAAGGUCUGCUACGGCUUGGCUCUACCCGGCUUAUGCGUUAGCACCCUGCUUUUCGUACACAUUGCUGCAAAAUACGUCUUUGUACGCAUGUUGCGAGGUUCGCAUCAUCUUACUGACCCUACUUUCCGCCAUUGGGCCACGUGGCUGACCUGCACCGCCGUCACCACACUCAUCUCAUACGUUAUCGCAAGCGCAAUCCCCGUCUUCGGUAGCUUAGUCUCGCUCAUCGGUGCACUGCUUGGCACGCUUAUGUGCUUCCAACCUUUCGGAGCGAUGUGGCUAUAUGAUAACUGGCGCAGCGCAAGAACGACAAAAUGGUAUCUCAUGGUGGCUUGGUGUACAUUCGUGAUCGUUUCCGGGUUCUUCUUGAUGAUUGGUGGAACCUAUGGAUCUGUGAUCGACAUUAAGAACUCCCUCGCGGCAAAUGGUGGAUCUUCUCCAUGGUCUUGUGCAGAUAACUCGAAUUCAACUUGA